CACACUGACAUCCAUACAUACAUACAGACGGACGGACACAUACUAUAUGAUCCUCGCUGUGUGAAAAAGAAAUGGAGUUAAAAUAAGUGCACUUCUUUACCUUAUGGACUGAAUGCAGUGACUGUCGAUUUGGAAUUCUAAACUUCAUGCCCAGACACUCAGGAGAGAAAAUGUGGAGGUACACGAACUUGUUCGCCUGUCUGCUGGUUUUGUGUAAGGAUGCGUCGUCACAGAACAAGAUCUUUGGGGAGACUGAGCCUGUUCGGAUGACGUCCGAGGGCUCAGACUGCCGCUGUAAGUGCAUCAUGCGCCCUCUAAGCAAGGAUGCCUGCUUGAGGCUGCGGAGCGGCACUGUACGUGUGGAGGACUUCUACACAGUGGAGACAGUCAGCUCUGGAUCUGACUGUAAGUGCUCAUGUACGGCCCCACCGUCCUCCCUCAACCCCUGCGAGAAUGAGUGGAAGAUGGAGAAGCUGAAGAAACAGGCCCCCGAGUUACUAAAGCUCCAAUCAAUGGUGGACCUCCUGGAGGGAACACUUUACAGCAUGGAUCUAAUGAAAGUCCACUCCUACAUCAACAAGGUGGUGUCUCAAAUGAACACCUUAGAAGAGACAAUCAAGACAAACCUUACACGAGAGAAUGAAUUUGUUCGAGACAGCAUGGUGAGCCUCACCAACCAGUUUAAGAGGUAUGAGAACUACUCCAAUGUUAUGAUGAGCAUCAAAAAGGAGAUCUCCAGCCUCAGCCUGCAGCUGCUACAGAAAGACUCAUCUGACAACAAAGCACAGAACACCAAUGAUGAGAAAACCAAGGAGGCUGGAAAAAUACCCAACAAAAAGACACCUGCAGCGAAACCCAAACCGCCCAAAGAAAAGGUUGUAAAGCCCAAGAAAGAGGUCAUUAAACCUGGGAAGCUGGCCAAGCCUGAUCCUACAUCCAAAGCCAAGGUGGUUGGCCACCAGCCUGGAGUGGUGAGGGGCAUCACAUACUACAAGGCUGCCAAGUCAGAAGAGGAUGAGCACAGAGGAGACCAUUCUGCCAAAACAUACACAGUGCAUCACAUCACAGAAAACCAAUCAGAGGAUGGAGGAGCUGAAAUGAUCCUGGAAACCAUGGAGGCCACUGUGGCUGAACCCAUUGCCACCACUGCUUUUCCCACCACUACAGCUACUACUACCACCACCACAACUCCUGGCACCACAACCACCACCACUACUACACCCACCACUGUCACCACCCAAAGUACACCAGCAUCGGAAAGACCAGCUCCAACCAUUGUGCUGGUGCUUGAUAACUCCAACAACAACAGUAGACCUGCUCUCCACAAAGCAGGGAAGAUCUUACACUGUGAAGGGACUCUAGCAUCCAUUGACCAGCCAGAGAAGCAGCACAGUUAUGGGCGCAAUGAGGGAGCCUGGAUGAAGGAUCCCCUGGCGAAAGACUCCAAGAUCUACGUCACUAACUAUUACUAUGGUAACAACUUGGUGGAGUUCCGCAACCUGGACAACUUCAAGCAAGGCCGAUGGAGCAACCUCUUCAAACUGCCCUACAACUGGAUAGGCACAGGCCAUGUGGUUUAUAAUGGAGCCUUCUACUACAACAGAGCCUUCACCAAGAACAUCAUUAAGUAUGAUCUGAGGAUGCGAUAUGUGGCGGCCUGGACACUGCUGCAUGACGUGGUUUACGAGGACACCACCCCGUGGAAAUGGAGGGGCCACUCGGACAUUGACUUUGCAGUGGACGAAAGCGGCCUGUGGGUGAUCUACCCUUCUAUGGACUACGACUACAACCAGCAAGAGGUGAUCGUCAUCAGUAAACUAGAUCCUGGAGACCUGUCGUUGAAAAAGGAAACAACCUGGAGGACAGGUCUCAAGCGGAACUCCUACGGAAACUGCUUCAUUAUCUGUGGAGUCUUGUAUGCCGUCAAUGUGUAUAACCAAAAGGAAGGUGAGGUGAGCUAUGCCUAUGACACCCACACCAACACUGAAGCCAUACCACGCCUCCCCUUCACCAAUGAGUACUCCUUCACCACCCAGAUUGACUACAACCCCAAGGAGAAGGUUUUGUAUGCCUGGGACAAUGGCCAUCAGCUCACGUAUGGGGUAAACUUUGUUGACGAGUGAGCACAGCUAGCUUGUGCUACAGGUCAGCUCACUGUAGGCCUGCCAGUAUGGCACCUAAGUAGAACAAUGCUCAGUAUUUGACAGCCUAGACGCAGCCAUAUUGGUCUCAGGACAAAGGAUGAACCUACACCUGCCUUCUGGUACCAAUGCACACUAUUCAAACACCUGACCUCACAGUGUACCAAACAUACAUGCCUCAAAUGUGUAUUGGGAUGUGACUGUACAAUAUGUCAAUAGAAUUUAAAUAAACAGUGAAAAUAAUCUCACAGGUUGAAUUAAAGCUCAUCGGGCAGACCAUAGAAAAACAUAGAGAUUUCUUUAUAUGUUCAUUUAUGAAAUGUCAGCAGGCUGGCUAACUAGCAAACAUAUAUAGAGCUAUAAAUGAGUAUCUUAACAUAGGUAUAGCACGUGUUACAUCAUGUGUUACAGUGGAUUUCAAAUCCAGUGUCUUAUAGUGGAGUCCCUUCACAACCACUAUAGACAGAAUGAAUGAUUACAGCAACCAACAACUCUCUCUUUAAAUGUACAUUUGGACACCUAAGUGCAGUAUUAAACAGACAUGAACAUUUCAAACUUAUGAGACACAUUUUAAAGAAGUGAAAUGACCAAAAGUCAUUGGGACUAUAUCAUUGUGUGGAAAAAGAAAAGAGGCCCGUUUAGUCAGAGACACUUAAAGUAUGUCAAGAAAUUGACGACAGUUUGUGCAAAUGGGUUCAUUUGGCAGAAGAAGGCUUUGACCUUGGAGGAGCUCUUAAAGCAUCCAAGCAGCAACCAGGACUCUGUUGGAAAGACCUUUCCUCCUUGAAAUAAACAUAUACAUGAGCUUUAAAUCUUUAUGAAGUCAGUGGUACAAAAGCAUGACACCUAAAUUUGGGAUGUUCACCAGUAGUGAACCGUGUUGACAGAAGAGUAAGAUGAAGGAAGCUAUCUGUCUUUCACCAUCUACUUUCAUUUAAUCCUCCUCUGCUGAUGCAAACUGCUCCAUGAAACAGGCAUGUUAACAGUAAUAAGACAAGAGGCGAUGGUACAAGUAUAUGUGUUGAAGAAAUGUUGUGAAGUUUUUAGACUGUAAUCAACUUGUGACCACAACUGUGACCAUGAUUGUGACUGUCUAGAUAGAAAAAUUAGACAGCAAAUACUGUAUGUUGCCAACUACAUGGUCCUGGAAGUAGUCACUGUGUCCCCAUGCUUCUCGCAAUGCCGUUUUCGUGAGGAUGUGGAAAGACUUCCCUGUGCCACUAUCAGAUGUGCCUGGGCCUUAAUAAUGACAAAUUACAUUUUGCAUGAAUACAAUUGGAUGUUCCUAGUCAGCUGGUAGCCAAUUAAAUAAUGAAAGAGCCAGAGAUGGUGAAGCAUUAAGGAAAUAUCUGGUGCCAAUCAGCAAAUGCAAGUAAGACUUCAAUGGCGUCCCUUUUUUUUCAGUAAAGAGAGAUCAUCUAGUUGGAGGCAAUGCAGUGUAAGAAAAUUGAGAAGAUUUGGGAAGAUAGCCAAACUAGCUAUAACUAGCUACUCUUACUAGCUAACAAAGCACGACUAGAAUUAGCAACCAUCAAAAGGUUUCCUCAUAUUAGAUAGCCAAUGUUUUGCCUUUUUAGUAGGCUUCAAGUAUUCCUACACAGCUAGUGGUAUUUGUCUACACCCCCAAUAUUUAACUCAACCAAUGAGAUUAUUUCAGCCUCCAGCGUAGUUCUUCUUCUGAGAAAUGUUUGUAAAACUAUACUAUCACCUGUUGUUUCAUCUGCCCAUCUACUCCAUCCUAUCACCAAGCACUUUGAUCAUGAAUCUGCUCUGAUUAUUAUUCCGGCCUCAUGAUCCUUCCUGUCUCUUUACCAUUUAUGUUUUUUCGAGGGAUGUUUUGAAUAUAAUAUGAAUGCCAAAAACAAAACAAUGUACACAAGUUUCUAAGCUUAAGCUUUUUUAUAUUUACAUGAAUUAAUUUGACAAUAUGAUACAACUUUUUUUUCUAAUUUCCAUGGCUCUUGUUGAAUUUCUAUGUUGUAAUAAAAUAUGCAGCUUUCAUCAUUGUUAAUAACAUUUGCAUAACCACUACAUUAGUUGUAAUUACUGAAUAUUUGAACAUUUUUGGUGGAAAUGAAUCAGUCAUGCUAAUACAAAAGGUGCACUGUAGCGGAUUAGCUGUGCUAUCUUCAAUAAUGGACACCAUAAACCAUGAAUGUUUUUUUUUUUUGACAAUGACUGACAGUACUGUGUGGGGCACAUAAUGAGAUUGGUAAGCUUUAAGAUACAUGAGGUAAUUCUUACAGCACUUUAUAGUGUUGUUUUGGUCUUGUACAUUAUUAAUGAUUCACAACCACAUUAUUUAGUUUGUUCUUGAGAUAUACGUGUUUUGUUAAGUUUAUUCAUGAAAAGGCAUGCUGAUUGCAAUAAACUCAUUUGU